AGGAACGGUGCGGGGCGGUUGGUGACCUCUCGUAGCCGGCGGUAAAUGGUGCGUCCUGCCUUGGCUGCCUAGACAUAGCAAACGUGCACAGUCCGUCAAGGUGAAUGUAGUACUGCCCGUUAAAGCCCCCCGACCCUUACCUGUCAGACACUCCAGUCUUUCUUUGGUUGGAGCCCUACUCUUAAAAAAACCAGUGGAGGGGCCCCGGUAACCAGGGCCACACCCGCACGGGCUGCUGGGACUCGUAGUCCCCAGGACUUGGCCGACCUGUCAGUCAUCCUCUUUGGGAGUUGAUAACCAACUCCAUUUCACAGCAUUCGAGAGCAAUGCUUGAUUUGCAUCAAAUCCGGGUCCAUAUUACUUUUCGAGUGCCUACUGUGGGCUGAACACCUUGGUAGGAUUGGCGGAGGGUAGAUGAGUUCAUGCUUCCAGCCCUCGUCCUCACUUGAGGAAAAAGCUUUAACUGCAACAAUUGUAAAUUAGCAAUAUCCUCAAAGAAAAGAUUGGGUUUAACUGUUGGAGCCAGUUUUCUAACACAGAAAGUUGAAUUGCUGUAAGAAGAAAGUGGAAAUGAAAGAAUCAUCAUGAAAAAGAUCUCAAAGAGAAAAGAAGAUAUUAAAAAAAAAAUAUCAGAAGAGUUAGAUAAUGUUGCAGUAGAAGAAAAUGUAGACAAGCCUGUCCAAAAAGAUUUAGAUGCAGAAGAAAAUCAAAACAUAAUAGAAACAUUGAGAGGCAAAGUAAGAGAAAAGCUAAAAAAUGCUAAGAUUAAUCAAGGUGAAAAGUCUUCAAGUCAGCUGCUCAUUGAUAAUAAGAUAUAUCAACAGUCGAAGACUGCAGUCACGUUGGAUGAAGGUCUUUCGUUUUUCAUUCUGAGUGGUGAAGAGGGCUCAGCUUUGGGCCAGUCUUCAGAGCAGAACUUCUCUGAGGGCCAAGAUGAAGAUUUUAUGGAAGAAGUAAUUUUUCCAGAUUUACUUGAAAUAAAAGCUGCUGAAUAUGAAGACUAUAGAGAACGCAUCAAAAAACAACAGGCAAAUAUUUUUGUGCCAAGUAGUUCUCCAGUGGUCAACCAGCGUAAACUGCCAAAAGAUAUGAUGCCACGCAUUUUGGAAGAUGAAGGAUUCUAUAUUCAGAGAAAGCCAGAAAUAUAUAAAAAGACCUGCAACAAAAUGGAAAAUCGUCUGCUUAAACUAGAAGAGGGAAAGUGUUGGUUUGAAGAAAGUGGAGAGAUAAUGUCAUUACCGUCGCCUAUUAGACAGUCAUGGAAUUUUAGAGUCAACUUAAGCAAGGAAACUUUCAAUCCAGCACUGAAGACCAUAUAUAAGAAGGCAGUGAAAUCUGAUCUAGAAAGCUCUAUUAGGAACAAAAUGGAAGGUCAAAGGGAAUUCUGUCAAUUAGAUCUCAACAUUGUGGGUUUGCAGUUCAGCCAUCAUCCUCUCUUCAAUCAGGAACAAGUAUUAUGUGCUAGGCUGCUCCAACUUUAUGAGUGCUUCCAGGACAGGCAGCAACAGAAUUUACCUCAGCUGCUUUCUGAGAAGCUUAAAGCACUGACAAAUGCUACCAAAUUAGCAAAUGAAAAUUUGGAAAUAAGCCAGCUGACCAGAAAGUCUUUACAAGAUUAUUAUUGGCAGAUAAGUAAUACAAAACAGCUCUAUGACUUAGAAAGGGAAAAGGACUUCUCUCUACUGCACAGUAUGUUACGGACUUGGAAACAGAUAAAAUCCCUUCGACAACGGCAAGGGUUUACAAGCACCCCAAUAAAGUUACAGUUUCAGAGGAUAAGAAUGAAUAAACGUGAUGAGGAAGAACUGUCAGGAAUGUCUAAGACUGAGAAGAAAAUGGAAGGAAAAGUUUUCAAGAAUGGGGAAAAGCAGGAGAGCCUCUCAUAUUUAGCUUCAGAACUUGAAGAAACAGAUAUUGAAAGAAGAAAGCCAAUUACCUUGAUGCCACAACUUUCUUUCACUGCAGAAUUAACAAACUUUUCCAAGUGUUCGAUGCAUGAACAAAAGAGGAGAGCCAAAAUUCAGAAGCUUAAAUAUUUUAUUAAAAUAUGGUACAACGAUAAACAGGUUUCUCGUACUUCAGUAUCUUCCCUACAGUGUGAUUUUAAAGUCAUGUUUCAGCAAAUUUUCAAUAUUCAGUUAAUAUGUUGGCCUGAAACAAUUUGCUUGGAGGUUUAUGAAAUAAGUAAAAGGACACGCUUACUGGCAAAACUAUAUAUACCUUUACCUAACGACACAGAGCUGAAAAGCAAAACUGUUUUGGAAUAUGUAGAAUUUAGCUCUGAUGAGCUGGUCAUACCUGCUUAUGGAGGAGUAGGAAGCAAUGUGCCCUUUCUUCUUGAGGGAAACGGAACCGAAGAACUUUGUCUUUUGACAUCAGGAAAACUAAGCUAUUCUCUAUCAUGGGCCUUAGAUGAAAAUGGUAUUCCUCUGACACCUAUGUCACAGUCAUUAAGAUCUGCUUACUGCAGUGUGUUAAGGAAUGUAGAUGCCAGAAGUGUUCCUGGUAUUCCAUGUCUUGUUAAUGCACAGAAGCUUUUUGAGUGGGCAAAUGAAGUCAAAAUUGACCCAAAUAAUCCAGAAUAUUCUGAUUUAAUGGAAUUUAUUAUGUAUAUGAAACAUAAAGGGCAGGAUAUUCCAAAGUAUUUUCGUCUGGAACAGUUGCAAGAUGAGUUUAACUUGGUUUCUGAAGAGGAGAUGAAAAAAAGUAAACGUUUCCAGCUAUUGCAACUUAGAAAUGCAGGUCAAUUAGAUGUUUUCCUUCUGCAGCAAAUGCCCCUCUAUGAUAGAGAGAUCCCAGAUUUAGUCUUCCAGGAAUAUGAAAGUCAGAUAGAGAAGGAUAUGUCCAUUUCAGAUGUGAAUUCUAUUACUGCGCAAAGGAUUAAUUCUGCCAAUUUUCUGAAAAAGAUGAGAAGGUUGGUAAUGAAAAGAAUUGUCAAAGUUAGCAAAUUUAACUUAUCAGACGUUGUGGCUGAUUAUGAAGAAAUUGUAUCUGCAAGCCAGUUGACACAUGCCAUUUGUAAGCUUGUUGAACGACGAAGAAAGUUAAAGCCGUGGAGGAAAGAAAGGAAAAAAGUGGCAGCACAGACUGUCUGUGAUGGAGAUAUUAAGAUUCUUGUCAGAAUACUGAGGGCUUAUAAUAUUCCUACCAGGAAAACAACAGUUAGUAGAGCCUUGGAUAUGCCAACUUAUUUGAUGUCACCAAUGUCUCACCUCAGACAUAAAGAAACAAUCCAAUCAGUAGCCUCAGAUGAGAUCUUAAAUGAGGAUACUGUACACCCUUUUGUGGAAGUUUCCUUUCAACACACUGUGUACCAAACCAGUACUGCAAGUGGAUCUCAUCCAUGCUGGAACGAAGAAAUUAAAGUAGAUUUUAUCUCGCCAGGACGUGAUUAUAGCUUCUCAAGCUUAUCUAAAAUAAAAGAUAACAUUUAUAUCAACAUUUUUGAUGAAAUGAUUGUUGAAAAACAUGAGAAUGACUGUUUCAAGAGCUGCAGUGGUCAUUCAUAUAUAAGAAAGAAUUGGCUUGGAUCCAUUGUCUUCCCUUUCUCUGCUCUUCUGCAACAAUCUGAGGUUAGUGGAACAUUUCAAGUAAAUAUUCCACCAGUUUUGCUUGGGUAUACUUGGAGUAAGACUUAUGUGUCUCCUAAAGAAGAUUAUAAUGGGCAGAAUUUAAGAGAAUGUGCCUUCUUAAAUAUUUUUGCUACCAUUGAACCUCAAAUAUCGUAUGUCACCUGUAAUCCAGAACUAGACAAGUUUUCAGAUCAAAUAGAUGUUUUGGAGAGAGCACGGAUUUUUAAGAGAAAUUGUAAGGCACUGUUUCCCAAGCGAAGAAUCAUAACUACGGUUUUUAAUGAUGAAGGGAUACAGAUCUUAGUAACAAGAUAUAUCAAGGCAUUAAAUCCACCUCAACAACUCCUGGAUAUAUUUCUUCAUGAUUCGAAUGCAACACUUGACCUCAUUGCUCGCUUUGUAUCUUUGAUUCCUAUUAUGCCUGAUACACUGGAUGAAAAUGAUGGUUUUGAUAUAUGGAUGACAUCAGAGCGCUGCAUCAGCUUGGCUAUUGGAAACAAGGAGGAGCAUGCCAUACUUCUCUGUAAUUUCUUUCUGUAUUUUGGAAAGAAAGCUUUGGUCCUCCUGGGAACCUCAAUGUUGGAAGGGCAUGUGGCUUAUGUAUUAACUCAAGAAACUGAUGAAUAUUUGCUUUGGAAUCCAUUGACUGGGCAAUGUCAUAAGCAGUUUGACUCAUUUUGUCCCUUACAAAGUGUAGACUGUUUGUUUGAUGAUGGAAAUGUCUGGUUUAAUAUUCAACGAAAUAAUACACCAGUGGCUGUACAUUUUGACUAUUCAAAGGAAAGUUUCUGGAAACAGUUGCUUCCAAAAAGUUUUCAAGGGACAAAAGCACAAAGCAUACAGCCUGAAGAAAUAAUUUAUUCUGAUACUAAUAAAAGCAUGGUAGAAGAUCUGAAGAACAGGAUUGAAAGGACUCUGAAAUGUAAAAUAAUGGAAUGGCGACCCAAACAGCCAACACGUUGGAAUCGGCAAUGUACUUUUAUUUUACAACAAAUCCUUCCUAAGCUAGAACUUGGUGCUGGAAGCUUGGUUUUAUCUGAAGAAAAGAGUGAAUUUGAAAGACUACUACAAUUUUAUUGGGUCGCAGGAUUUCCUAUCCAGAUGCCGUACACUGAUGUACAGUCAGUUAUUGAUGCCGUAUAUCAAACUGGAAUUCACUCCUCUGAAUUUCCCCAGACAGAAUUUGCUCUAGCUGUAUACAUUCACCCAUAUCCAAACAACAUAUUAUCUGUGUGGGUCUAUUUGGCUUCCUUAGCUCGACAUCAGUGAAAAGGAAGAAGGAAAAAGGAAAAGAUAAUACUAUGAGCCCGCAACCCAGGAUCAAAGAAAACUUUCCUGGAACUUUGGGAUUUUGCUACUUAUCCUCAAGCCUAGCCAAGUGCAAGCUCAGUUUUUGGUUCACUUACAGAGUUGGACACCAUGGAGACUUGUUCGCUGAGUCUUUGGGGACAAGUCUAGAUGACCUCCUCACUGGAGACCUCUGCAUGGAGGACCCUUUGGGAGGUCUAGCAGCCUUGGGUCACUUUCUACAGUAGAUCUUAUUCUGGGAAAGAAGCAAUUCUGGCCUCUCCAUUUAAAGACAAUAUUACUCAGUUGUGGGCCUCACACCUCCUCCAUCAAAAUCACCUGGUGAGCCUUGUUGAAAAUACAGAUUCCCACAUCCCACCCAAGACCUGCUGAAUCAGAACUUCUGGAAGUGGAGCUCCAGAACCUACAUUAUUUUAAUGAGUUCCCCAAGUAAUUCUGAUGACCUGUUGAGAGUGAGCACCCUGCAUUAUAGAAUGUUGUCAUUACUAAAAUGAGGCCGGUACAUUUGAUGUUGGUUCUGGUGCAAUUCCAGGGAGAAGUUAUUCACGUAGAAACGUAAGGUCAUUGCCUCUCAAAAGAUUAUUUCACUGGUUAAGAAUAGGAGGAAGAUCUGCCAUGUUGGGUUGAGGGCUGAGGUUAGCUUCCGGAGGCUUCUCAAAAGUUUUCACUUGGGAUGCUCCUGACCUGAAGUCCUUUCAGCUCCAAGUAUUUGGAAGAGACUCCCAGGAAACGAUCAACAUGCUUUCCUGAUUCUGUGAGAAAAUGCUCUUACUAAAUCUCAGGGCUCCUUUUUUCCUUAGUGAGUGGCACCCCCAUUCUGCCUCUGGCACUUUUCUGCUGCUUUCCUUUCCCAAGGGUGGCCCCAAAGAGGCCUGUCUAGAUCCUAGGAGCCCCUCAAGAAAGAGUGGACAGGGACCUAAGAAGGAAGCACUGUACUUUUUUGUAUUUGAUUGUUCAUGCUUCAUUGAGAAAAGUAUUUAUAUAGUUUACUUAAAUGUUACAUAACUUUGUUUUUUUUUUUUUUAAUCAAAGGAUACAGAUUUCCAAAGGCUGAUGAGAGCAGUUUUAUAUGAGGUAGUGGUAAGAGAAAGAAAAUUCACCUCUCCCAUUGCAGGAGCAUGGGGUUUCUUGGGUCACUCUCACAAGCAGACAGCAGAGGCCCCAAAUUCACCUUUAAGGAACCCUCAGUCUGUAACCUCUCCCCCAGUACACCUUCAUAGGCUGGUGCCAAAGAAGACCUCAUUUAUUCGCAGUGAUGUUAAUCUUGGACCAAACUUAAGAUUACUAGAAGAGUAAAAAACAGUACAGAUGUGGGUGAAGAGAAGGUUUUUUCUCCAAGGUUAAAACCUAAUAGUCUGUGUCUUCUGGCAUGCAUAAGAAAAUGGAUUAGGAUUUUUGUUUUUAUUUGGAUGUUUGUGUCUAAACGCUAUAUGAAGUUUUGUUGUUAACAAGUCUCCCAUAUUGAUUGGGGUAGCAGAAAAUUAUAUCUAUGGAGAGACGAGGUUGCCAAAGAAAUGCUGAAUUCAUGUAGUUCCUUUCUGUGGCACUUUGAAUGUUUACAUAGCUAUUUUGUUAGUUGGUUAUGGUUUCAGAAUUGAUAGGUCCCUUAAGCAUAAGGCAGAAAAUGUUCAUAGGCAAGCACAGAGGACCUUUCUGUAUUAUAUGCAUUUUUUUUUGCAUGUGUCUAUGUUUCUCAACUAAAAUUUUUUCUUGAAAAUUGUGUAUUGUCUGUAAUGAACCAUUUUUUCAUUUGACUGUUUUAAAAAUACAUGAUUUCAAAUGUAACAUAUAAUUUUAAUGUUCUUUAAAUCAUUCCACAAAUAAUUACAGAGCAUCCACCAUGUACCAGCCACUUCAGCGUGUGCUGGGUACUGCAGUGAAAAGACAAAGGUCCUCCCCCUGCAAAGCUUCCAUUCUUACGGGGGGACAGGCCAUAAGGAGAUGAACACGAGUAAGAGAGAUCAUUUCAGGGUGGAUGAGUGCCAUGAAGGAAACAAAUAGGACAGCAUGAUGGAGAAGGACUUUGGUGGAGAUGGAGGGCAUAAGCAGAAUAGUCAGGAAAGGCCUCUCAAAACAGAAAAUGUUUGUGCUGAGAUUUAAAAGAUGAUUUAUCAAUUAGAAUUGCAUUCAGUUGCAUGUAACAGAAACCUAAUCACAGUAGCUUAACCAAAUAGGGAUUACUUUUUUACAGAACUGCCAAGUCCAGAGGAGGCAGUCCAAGCCCGGUACAGAGACUUUAUGAUGGCAAUGGUGCGCUAGUCUUCAUCCAUCUUCUUGACCAUCUCUAAGGAGGCUUCUGUCCUCUAGCUCAGUGGCUCUCAAACUUCAGCAUGCAUAAGAAUCACCUGAAGAGCCUGUUGAAACAGAUUGCUCAGCCCUACCCUCAGAGUUUCCGAUUCAAUGGAUCUGGGGUGGGGCCUGAUAAUAGGCAUUUGUAACAAGUCCCCAGGUGAUACUGAGACUGCUGAUCUGGGAACCACACUUUGAGAACCUUGGCUCUCGCCUCACAAGCAUUUUCAUGGCAAGAAAAUGCAGAAAGAGAGGAGGGGGUAGACUUUGCAGCUGAUUUGGCUCUUUUAAAAAGCUUCUGAGGAGGCCAUGCCCAGUAACUUCUACUUAUAUCCCAUUGGCCAGAAUUGCGUCACUCCUAGUUACAAAAGAGGCUGGGAGAGCAAGUAUUUUAAAUGGAUGUAUUGCUCUUCUUGGGUCAGUGUUCUCUUGGUGAAAUCAGUGUUCUCUUAGUGAGGAAGGAAGGGAGGAUGGCUAUUGGGUAGGCAUGUGUGGCAUUCACUGAGCAGAUAGUGUAAGUUCUAGUCCAAAAGCCAGCAGGCUCAAGACCCAUGAUGCACCAGUGUUUCAGCUUGAGUCUGAAGGCAGAAAAAGACCUAUGUCCCAGCUCAAAGCAGUCAAGCGGGAGGAGUUCCCUCUGACUCACAGUCAGCCUUUUUGUUUUAUUCAGGCCUUCAACUGAUCGAAUGAGGGCUACCUACAUUAUGGAGGUAUAAUACUGUGAUAUAAUAAAUACAUAUUUAGUCCUUGUUCCCAGUUCCUGACACAAAGCUUCUAAAACCCUUGGAAUUUCCUGAGUGAUAGGAAAGAUAGAGGAGUAUCUUUUGAUAUUCAUAAUAAGUUAUUUUCAAACAUGCCUGAGUUUAUGCUAAUAAGGUGGCUCUUGGUGGGCCCGUAGAUAGCUUCAGAGUAGGGGCUGGAACCAGCCAUGUGUUUAGAGGGUAAGAACUUUCAUCCCUAUCCCUUGACCUCUGGGGAGGGGAGAAGAGCUGGAGAUUGUUAAUUACCAAUGGCUGAUAAUUUAAUCAAUCAUGCCUACAUAAUGGAACUUCCAUAAAAGCCCUAAACAACGGGGUUCAGAGAGUUUCUGGGUUGGUGAACACACUGAGGUGCUGGGACGGUGACCUGCCCAGAGAAGGCAUGGAAGCUCCACAGCCCUUCCACAUACCUUGCCCUAUGCAUCUCUUUCAUCUGGCUGUUCCUGAGUUGUAUUCUUUAUAAUAAACCAGUAAUAGUAAGUAAAGCGUUUUCCUGAGUCCUGUGAGCUGUUCUAGCAAAUUAUCAAACCGAAGUAGGGUGUGAUGGGAACCCUUGAUUUAGAGCUGGUCAGUCAGAAGUAUGGGAGGCCCAGGACAUGGAAUUCAUGUCUAGAGUAGGCAGUCUUGUGGAACUGAGUUCUUAAUUUGUGGGAUCUGACACUCCAGGUAGAUAGUGUCAGAACUGAAUUGAAUUGUAGAACCCUCAAUUGGUGUCUAGAGAGUUGGUGAAUUGGUUAGUGUGAGGAAAAAACCUACAUAUUUAGUCUAAAAAGUGUCGUGAAUAAAAACAGAUCAUAGUAGGAGAGCAAUAUGCUUCGCUUAGUCUAUUGAUUCAAAUGUUAAUCUCAUCCAAAAACACCCUCACAGAUGCACCCAGAAUAAUGUUUGACCAAAUAUCUGAGCACCUGGUGUCCUAGUCAAGUUGAUGUGUAAAAUUAACCAUCACAACUAUCUUACCCAGAAUUGGAACAUUAUCAUAUAGUAUUUUAAAAUUUGGAAUGCCUCUUUGUAGAUUUCAGAUUAUAAAUUUCUACGUACUCUGGCCCCCAUUUUAAAAA